AUGCUUCAAAACGAAAUAUACAAAUUAAAACAUUAUUUCGGAGAACCGACGAAAACUGCUCUUUAUGGUGUGAGCUUUAAUCAGUAUGAUCAAAAAGAAGACGCUGUAUUUGCUGUGGUAGGAGGGCGUAAUGUGAUCAUUGGGCAUUUUGAAAAUAACAAAACUGUAGCACUCAAUAUUUUACAAACUUAUGUAGAUGAAAAUGAAACCGAAAAUUAUUAUUGUUGUGCAUGGUCAUUUGAUCCCAAUACAGGAGCACCUUGGCUUGCCGUAGCUGGAUCUACAGGACUUGUUAAAAUUAUAAACACGAGUUUAGGACACAUUGCACAGACACUUACAGGACACGGUGAUGCAAAUUUUUCGAUACGACUUUGGAAUGUAAUCACCAGUACACCGAUCGUAAUAUUUGGUGGGGAAUGUGGACAUCGAGAACCAGAUGUUCACUUAUCAGGAGAUUUCUUGGUUUCUUCGGGGAUGGAUCAUGCAGUAAAAAUAUGGUCAUUAUGUACACCCGUAAUUAAGAAUACUAUUGAAUCAUCAUUUAAGGCCAAACCACCUUCAUCAUUACGAAACCAACAAAAUCAAACUCAAUCAUGUUGUAAAUCAAAUGGAUAUACAUCAACACCAUUAUUCAUACAUUUUCCUAUAUUUUCUACAGCACAAUUACAUAAUAAUUAUGUUGAUUGUGUGAGGUGGUAUGGAGAUUUAUUAAUGUCAAGAUGUGCGGCCGAUGCAAAAAUAUUAUUAUGGAAACCAGAUGUUGAAUUAGUUGCAAGCGAUAAAUCUACGGUAACAACUACAAUAGUUGGCGGACCAGCCCAACCAACAAGUUUUGAAAUGAUAUGCGAAUUCGAAUUUGAACAAUGUGAUAUUUGGUUUCUUCGAUUUGGAAUAUCUCAAGAUUAUAAAUUUCUUGCUACAGGAAAUCAAGUUGGACAAAUAUUUUUAUGGGAUUUGCAAGAAAUUCCAUACUUUAUUAAUAGUUAUAUUGAGAAAAAAAAAUUAAAAAGUACAGGAAUAAAAAUGGAUAAAACUGUAAAUAAUGGAGAAAAUAUAGAUAAAAAGAUAUGCAAACCCGCAGUUCUAGAUGUAGACAUAUGUGAUAGUACGAUAAGACAAGUAGCAUUCUCAAAGAAUAGACAAUGGAUGAUAACUGUUUGUGAUGAUGCAACUGUUUGGGGUUGGAAAUUAAAUAGAGAAAUAAGUGGUCAACAAGCUGGAAGUAAGAUGAAAUGA